AUGGUUAUGCUGAGCGAACAACCUUUCCGGUCGAGUUUGCAGGUGGCGCCCCUCACUAUCCAGAAAUCCAGGUCCGACUCGACUGGCGAUGCCUCGACACCCGAACAUUCUUCCUCCACCAACCCUUACCAACGAUCAGAGAUGACUCCCCCGGCCACCCCCGAGGGGUCGCAAGAGGACCUCAACUCGCCUUCGAACCCGCCGCCCGUCUUCCACAACUUCCUGCGAGCGUUUUACCCCUUCCAUCCCAGCUAUGCCAUGACCGAUUCCGCCGUCACCCUGCCAUUGAACGAGGGAGAUGUCGUCCUGGUCCACUCCAUACACACCAACGGCUGGGCAGACGGCACAUUACUGGUGUCCGGCGCGAGAGGAUGGCUGCCCACCAACUACUGCUAUGCCUACGACCCCGACGAGAUGCGGAACCUGCUCAAGGCCCUCCUCAACUUCUGGGACCUGUGCCGCAGCACCGCCGUCAACGAUAGCGAGAUCUUCGGCAACCAGGAGUUCAUGAAGGGCAUCAUUGCCGGCGUGCGCUAUCUCUUGGAACGGACACAUUGUUUGACCCGCGAAUCAUCGGUCGUCCAGCGCCACGAUGGGCUACGGAGGGGCAGGAAAUCGCUACUUUCCGAGCUGUCCGCCCUGGUCAAGACAGCUAAGCGCUUACAGGAGCAGCAGAAGAUAGCCAGCCCCACCGACGCCGUAAACGACACCGUCGACGAGAUGAUACUGAAGGCGUUCAAGAUCGUCACCAAGGGCGUUCGCUUCCUCGAUGUCCUCGAGGAGGACAGGCAGUCACGGGCACCAGCCGUGACCCUCAUGCCGACUGUUAUGGAGGAGAACUACGUACCGCCGACGCCCCCAGCCGACGCGACAAGUUUUGACGACGACCGGAGUACAAUCAAGUCCCAUGAUGCAGGUUCCCGUGCGGGUGACAGCGGAUUGGCUCCCGAGUCACCCACAGCCGGAGCUAGUGAGGAUACACAAAUGGCUACUCACUCCAGCGACCGUUUGUCAACUGGUCGCUCCGCGGGCACAGGGGCACGGCUGUCUCAGAACAGCCAGAGGGCUGUCAACUUUAGCCGCCUGUCGUCUAGCAUUGCUCACCGCGUCUCUCUCGCAGGCCCGUCGCCGUUGUCAAGGCCACAGAACCUUGUCUCAGAGCGUCUCACCGCCAGCCAUGACACCUUCCUCUCCCACCUAGGCUCAUUCAUCGGCCGGCUGCACCUCCAGUCACAGUCACGACCACACCUCGCACUGGCCAUAAAACAAUCGGCAACAUCCGGCGGGGAGCUCCUGGUGGUCGUUGACGUCGUGUGCGCGCACAGUUCUCUAACCAAGGAGCUACUAGAACAGCCCCGAGCUGCCAUGUACGACCGCGUAUUAGAUCUCGUGCACGCCGCCCGGGACAUCCUGCACCACGAUAAUGGCCCCGAACUGGCCGAAAUCAUCAUGACCGAGGACAACAGCAGACUGUUGUCCGCCGCCACCGGCUGCGUGAGGGCUACCGGCGAGUGUGUCGCCAAGACGAAAUGGGUCAUCGAGAGAAUAGGCGAUUUCGAGUUUGAGCUCGAGGACGGUAGCCUGGGACUUGACCUGGAUCUUGGGGCCCUCGACAUCGUCGGAGAGGAGCGAGAAAGAUCCGCAAGUGUUGCAUCCACGGUCGCAUCUAUCCACAAGCCCCUGCCAAAGGACAAACCGCUCCCGCAGGUCCCAUACUCGGCGUAUCCCGACAGUGAUGACACCGAGCCCCUCGUCAUGCCCCUCCCACCACGUCGUGAAUCACUCCUCUUCUCCGACGGAAACACCUCCGAUAGUGCGACAUCAGUCUCCUCGAUCCGCCCCAGCCUUCCGCCAUUACCGAAGCUGUCGACAUCCUUCGCGCCCGAAGAUUACAGCCCGACCAACUCCGCUGGCCCCGAGAGCGAGGGGAGAUCAUCCUACCAGCGCGAGAGCAUCGUUGCUACCAGCUCUGCCAAUAGCAGCGCGUACGUAAACAGAGGCUCCGAGUCAAGCCUCCUCUCUCAAACAUCCACCCGUGCUACAACACCGGACCUGCACCUCGGCCCGAAGCUCCAACCCUCUAUCUCCGAACUUAGUGCCACCAGCAACAACGGUGAGGAGGUCGAGGAGGUCGAAUCGAGGCUCCUGGAAAAGACAUAUGCGCAUGAGCUCAUGUUCAACAAGGAGGGCCUGGUUGUCGGCGGCUCUCUGCCAGCUUUGGUGGAGCGCCUGACCACUCACGAGUCCACGCCCGAUGCCCUGUUUGUCUCGACCUUUUUCCUCACAUUCAGACUCUUCUGCACACCAACGAAGCUUGCCGAGGCCCUGAUUGACCGCUUCGAAUACGUCGGUGACUCGCCACACAUGUCUUCACCGGUCCGCCUGAGGGUUUACAAUGUCUUGAAGGGAUGGAUGGAGUCGCACUGGCGAGACGAGACAGACCACAAGGCACUGGAUUUGAUCAAGCUCUUUGCCGAGUCCAGACUGCACUCGGCCCUGCCGUCGGCUAGCAAGCGCCUUCUCGACCUGGUGCAACGUGUCUCUUCUACAGACACCACCCUUGUGCCGCGCUUCGUCUCGUCCAUGGGCAAGAACAACGCCGCCGUCUCGCAAUACGUAGCAGUGGACACGCCGAUGCCGGCACCUGCUCUCACCAAGAGUCAGGCGCAUGCCCUGGCCGUAUGGAAGGCUGGCGGAAGCAGCCCGACUAUUCUUGACUUUGACCCUCUGGAGCUCGCCCGCCAGAUCACUGCGAAGCAGAUGGGCAUCUUCUGCUCCAUCCUGCCAGAAGAGCUGCUUGGUUCGCAGUGGAUGAAGAAGGGCGGCGCGGGCUCGCCCAACGUCAAGGCUCUUACCGCUCUGUCUACUGAGCUGUCGAACCUGGUUGCCGAGAACAUCCUGCACUACAACGAGGUCAAGAAGAGGGCCGCUGUCAUCAAGCAGUGGAUCAAGAUUGCCCACCAGUGCCUUGAGCUCAACAAUUAUGACGCGCUGAUGGCCAUCAUCUGCAGCCUCAACAGCUCUACUAUAACGCGUCUACGAAAGACCUGGGACGUCGUAUCACCCAAGCGACGUGAGAUGCUCAAGGCUCUCCAAGCCAUCGUCGAGCCCGCCCAGAACCACAAGGCGCUCCGUGCCCGUCUUGCCGACCAUGUCCCACCCUGCCUUCCCUUCCAAGGCAUGUUCUUGACUGAUCUUACCUUCGUCGACAUUGGCAACCCAGCCACGAAGCAGCUUCAAGGCGAGGACGGCAACGACAUGACUGUCGUCAACUUCGACAAGCACACGCGGACGGCCAAGAUCAUCGGCGACCUCCAACGGUUCCAGAUCCCCUACCGGCUUACCGAGCUGCCCGACAUGCAGGAGUGGAUCCAGUCCGAGCUGGAGCGCGUCCACGACUCGGACCCCAAGAGCAACGUCCAGGUCAGUUACUACCGCAAGAGUCUUUUGCUGGAGCCCAGGGAGAACCAGAUCCCACGCACUCCAGUGGAAGGCCCCGGUGGUGCGAACGCGCAAGGCAUGUUCACCUGGAGGAAAAUCGGGACGUCCAACUCCAAGACCCUCAACAACGCACUUACUCACGACUCAUCUUGA